UGUAUCUGUAUCUCGCACUUCCUGGAGUUCGUCUGUGGAUGACCAGACGGGAUCAGACCAAUUUUAUGAGGACACGGAGGUCUCGCCGUCGUUUUCUACUUCUCGGCAGCAGCAGCAGCAAGAUGAGCACCUGGGGACUGGCGCCCGUGGUUUCCCACGACCUGGGGACUCGAGCAGCAGCCGGGGAGAUCGCAGCGGGGGUGUGUUUUGUUACCCCGAGGACAACAACCGUGACGAGGACUUGCACCAAACAAUUUGGACACAGGAUCAACAUCUCCCCCGGAGUAGAACUAGGCACACAUCAAAUUCAUUGUCCGACGACGAUCUUCCCGGAUCGGCGCACCAGCAGGACCUUUUCUCUCCGAAACAAGAAGCAAAUAAAACUACACCGAAAGUAGAAGUGGAGCAUGGAUCUACGUCGAUGAUCUCUGGUCGUCGUGAUCACAACGACGACGACCACCAGGACGGGGUGAAUUUUAAUGCAGAAAAGCACUUCACUGACCCUGCUUCAAAUGCAAAGACUCCACAACGUUCCUCCUCC